AAGCUCAAGAAAAUCGGCGAAGAUUUCGAAAACUCCUAUUUCGCAGCGUACGCUUUCUCGACACGAAAAUUAUCGCAUUCCAUUCAUCAACAAUCAAUCUCUCUGCAACCCGGCCUAUCAAUUACCGACAAUACUUCUAUGUAUCAACGGCGAUCAAUUUAUUACAUCUCUGUUACGGCGGUGCAUUUGCCAUUUUUGAUAUCUGGAAUUCACAAUGCGAUCAGCUAGGUUUCUCAAUGUCAGACGAAAAAUUGAUUAAAUGUACAUGAACUUUUUCUUUGGAUAUAAAUGGGCAUUCCAGUAAAUAUUACUGUAGGUUCUCAUGUGUGGAUCGAGGAUCCAUCAGUUGCUUGGAUUGAUGGACAAGUAUCAGAGGUUAAUGGACAGGAAAUUCAGGUUCAGACAUCUGAUGGGAGGACGGUUGUAGCAAAUUUAUCAAAAACUUACCCCAAGGAUGAAGAUGCUCCUGAUGGAGGAGUUGAUGACAUGACUGAACUUUCAUAUUUGCAUGAGCCUGGAGUCUUACAUAAUUUGGCAACAAGAUAUCAACUCCACGAAAUCUAUACUUAUACUGGAAGUAUUCUUAUAGCAAUUAAUCCGUUUCAAAAACUGCCUCAUUUAUAUGACGGCCACAUGAUGAAAAAAUAUAAAGGAGUACCACUUGGUAAACUAAGUCCUCAUGUCUUUGCUAUUGCUGAUGCUGCUUACAGGGCAAUGAUCAAUGAGGGUAAAAGCAAUUCUAUAUUGGUUAGUGGAGAAAGUGGUGCUGGUAAGACUGAAACUACUAAAAUGCUUAUGCGCUAUCUUGCCUAUUUGGGCGGCCAUAAAGGCACUCAAAGGCGGACUGUGGAACAGCAAGUACUGGAGUCAAAUCCAGUACUUGAAGCAUUUGGCAAUGCCAAAACAGUUAGAAAUAACAAUUCAAGCCGUUUCGGUAAGUUUGUGGAGAUUCAGUUUGACAAGAAUGGAAGAAUAUCUGGUGCAGCUAUUAGAACUUAUCUGCUUGAAAGAUCUCGAGUUUGCCAAGUUUCAGACCCUGAACGGAACUAUCAUUGUUUCUACCUUCUCUGUGCAGCACCGCAGGAGGAGAUCAAAAGGUAUAAGUUGGGGGAUCCCAAAUCAUUUCACUAUCUCAAUCAAUCAAAUUGCUAUGAACUGGUAGGCGUUAGCGAUGCUCAUGACUAUCUUGAGAUAAGGAGGGCAAUGGAUAUCGUUGGAAUUAGCGAGAAAGAGCAGGAGGCAAUUUUUAGAGUUGUGGCUUCUGUUCUUCAUCUUGGUAAUAUAGAAUUUGCAAAGGGCAAUGAAACUGACUCAUCUGUUCUGAAAGAUGACAAAUCUAGGUUUCAUCUUCAAACUACUGCAGAGCUUCUGAUGUGUGAUGUUACUUUACUGGAGGAUGCCCUACUGAGACGUGUAAUGGUCACUCCUGAAGAAGUUAUAAAGAGAAGUCUUGAUCCUGAAGCUGCAGCAGUAAGCAGAGAUGGGUUAGCUAAAACAAUAUAUUCUCGCUUAUUCGACUGGUUGGUGGACAAAAUUAAUAACUCGAUUGGGCAAGAUCCUAACUCCAAAUCUCUAAUUGGUGUUCUUGACAUUUAUGGUUUUGAAAGUUUCAAAAGUAAUAGUUUUGAACAAUUCUGCAUUAAUUAUACAAAUGAGAAGCUGCAGCAACAUUUUAACCAGCACAUGUUCAAGAUGGAGCAGGAGGAAUACUCUAAGGAAGAGAUAAAUUGGAGCUAUAUAGAAUUUGUGGACAACCAGGAUGCCCUAGAUCUUAUUGAAAAGAAACCUGGAGGUAUCAUUGCUCUUCUUGAUGAAGCCUGUAUGUUCCCCAAGUCAACUCACGAAACAUUCUCACAAAAGCUUUAUCAGAUAUUCAAGGCCAACAAACGCUUUAUCAAACCAAAAUUGUCCCGCACUGAGUUUACCAUUGCUCAUUAUGCUGGAGAGGUUCAAUAUCAAUCUGAUCAAUUUUUGGAUAAGAACAAAGACUAUGUUGUUCCUGAACAUCAGGAUUUGUUAAGUGCUUCUAAAUGCCCAUUUGUUGUGGGCCUUUUCCCUCCUGUUGCUGAGGAGUCAACUAAAUCUUCAUCCAAAUCAUCCAAGUUCUCAUCCAUUGGUUCUCGUUUCAAGUUACAACUCCAAUCAUUGAUGGAAACCCUGAAUUCUACAGAACCUCAUUAUAUCAGAUGUGUGAAGCCUAACAGUCUUUUGAAACCUGCAAUAUUUGAGAAUGUUAACAUUAUGCAGCAGCUACGUUGUGGUGGUGUUCUAGAGGCAAUUCGAAUUAGUUGUGCUGGCUAUCCUACGCAUAAGACAUUUUCUGAGUUUCUGAAUCGAUUUGGUCUUCUUGCUCCAGAGGUCUUGGAAGAGCACGUUGAUGAAAAAGUUGCAUGCGAAAAGAUAUUAGAAAAGACAGGGCUUGCUGGUUAUCAGAUUGGAAAAACAAAGGUUUUUCUGAGAGCAGGGCAGAUGGCCGAGCUAGAUGCACACAGAGCUAUAAAGCUAACCACUGCAGUUAAGACAAUACAAAAGGAAACUAGAUCUCAUAUUGCAUGGAAAAAUUAUGUUUCCUUGCAGAAGGCUGCAAUUUGCUUACAAUCCUUGUGUCGAGCAAGGUUUGCUUUCAAAUUGUAUGUCACCAUGAAAAGAGAGGCUGCUUCUCUCAGAAUUCAGACAAAGUUCCGUGGACACUUGGCCAGAAAAUCCUACACAAAACUUAAAUGUUCAGUCAUCGCUCUUCAGACUGGAAUUCGAGUGGCAGCUGCAAGAGAGAAGUUCAGAUAUGAAAAACAAACCAGGGCAGCAAUUAUUAUACAGACCCAUGAGCGUCGUCACAAAGUCUUUUCAUACUAUAAGAAACUCAUAUGGGCAUCAAUUCUAGCACAAUGCAGAUGGAGGGGAAGAGUUGCAAGGAGGGAGCUUCGGAAACUAAAGAUGGCUUCAAGAGAAACAGGCGCACUGAAAGAGGCAAAGGUUAAGCUUGAAAAACAGGUUGAAGAACUUAAAUUGCAGUUGCAGUUGGAGAAACGUCUAAGGAUGGACUUGGAAGAGGCAAAGGACCAGGAAAUAGCAAAAUUGCAGAAUUCAUUGCGGGGCAUGCAAAGCAAACAGAAUGAAACAAAUACAUUGCCCAUCAAGGAACAUGAGGCUGCUCAAAAAGCUAUUGAAGGAGACUCUUCAACAGUUGAAAAGAAAACGGUCCCAGUUGAGCAUGCAGAAACAGUUGAAGCUUUAACUGCAGAAGUGGAAAACUUAAAGGUGUUAUUUAGAAAAGAAAAGCAACGUGCUGAUGAUUCUGAAAGGAAAUGUGCUGAAGCUCAGGAAUCAAGUAAGGAGAAGUGCCGGAAGUUAGAAGAGACCGAAAGAAAAGUUCAACAACUCCAGGACUCGCUUAACAGGAUGAUUUACAGCAUAUCAGACCAAUUCUCAGAGCUGAAAAAGAUAUUACGUCCCUCCUCCAGCCAGAGUUCAGCUUCAGGACUCACUUCUAGAGGUUACCCAGAUGAUGCUACAUCUGCUUCAGCUGAUGCUACGUCUGCUGACUCUGACUUCACAUUUCAAGCUCCGGGUUCAACUCCACCACAUUUAUCUUCCCCCGAUCCUCAUGCUUUCCAGCUUAUAGUUCAGGAUCUUGCAGCAGCUGAAAUCUCAGGUUCUGGAAACUGGGAAAAUGACCGGGAGGGGGUAUUCGAUGACUUCUUCUGAUGGAAAUUGCUCUUCAAUUUGUUGUGUCUCUCUAUACACACUACAGAGAUGCUAGCACUUUACUAGAUGAAUAGCCUACUUGAGCUUAUACUAGGCAUCUCAACCAGAUCUUGACAACUACUUUGCACAGUAGAAUCCCAGACAGUUAAUGUUCAGGCUUGACAAAAAGCUGACCAACUUAGAUUCGGAAAACAAAAAUCUAUGUCAGCUGGUUCUGUCACUGGCUCAAAAUAUGUGACGCUGUACUCCAGAUCAAUGAUUCAGAGGACCUGAAGCAGAAACUGAAACAUAGUCAAAGGCUUGCAGAUUUGUUGUCCUUCCAGUAUUUUGCUUACCUCUUCUAUCGGUUGAGUAAGAGCUGGAAUUUGAAAUAGGAUCUGGCAUAGCACAUCAUUGAAUUCAAGCGUUAAUUCAAAGGUUGAGUGAAGACCACAAAAAUAACUUAAUGAGAAAAAACAAGAGUGCCAAGACUUGCUCAUCCAAUGUAUUGCACUGCACCUUGACUUCUUCAAGGAAAGAGCUGUUGCUGCUUGCAUUAUCUACAAGUGCCUUAAGCAGUGGCGGCCAUUUGAUGUUGAGUGGACCAGUAUCUUUGACAGCAUAAUACAAUGGAUAGGCAAGCUAUUGAGAAGGUAGUUAUUCUGAAUUAAAGCCUAUUGGCUAGCCGAGACAUCCACUCUGUUUGUGCUGCUGCAACACAAUUAGAAGUUGGUAUACUGCUG